CGCGCGCGUGCCGCCUCCUCUAUUUGCGUAGCGAAGGCUCCACCUUUCAAGCGUUGCAGUGACCUCAGCAGCAGUGGGCUGAAUUGAGCUGGGUGGGAUUUUCAGUCUCGUAUUCACGAUCUCGUAUCCAAGGAUCACGAUUUAACGGUGUAUGUGACGGAGCGAAUACGCAUUUAGCCGGCUGGCUCUGAACGGUGCAGGGUUUGUGUUCGUGUUUGCGUGCAUCUAACGAUAGGGAUCAAAUAAACGAGGAAUGUGGGAUUUACAGAAUGCCCAACAGCGUUGGAAAAAGAUUUAAACCCACCAAAUACAUCCCGGUGUCCACUGCCGCCUCUCUUCUGGUGGGAUCCACUACUUUAUUCUUCGUCUUCACGUGUCCGUGGUUAAGCAAGAACAUCUCACCUGCUGUGCUUCUGUACAAUGGCAUCGUCUUCCUCUUCGUGUUGGCCAACUUCAGCAUGGCCACCUUCAUGGACCCUGGAGUCUUUCCCCGAGCGGAUGAGGACGAAGACAAAGACGAUGACUUCCGAGCUCCGCUGUAUAAAAACGUGGAGAUAAAGGGGAUUCAGGUGCGGAUGAAGUGGUGUGCCACGUGCCACUUCUACAGACCUCCUCGCUGCUCACACUGCAGUGUGUGUGACAACUGUGUGGAGGAGUUUGACCACCACUGUCCAUGGGUGAACAACUGCAUUGGCCGGAGGAAUUACCGAUAUUUCUUCUUGUUCCUGCUGUCUCUGAGUGUUCACAUGGUGGGAGUGUUUUCCUUCGGUCUACUGUUCGUCUUACAUCACCUUGAGACGCUGAGUGCGCUUCACACGACUGUGACUCUUGUGGUUAUGUGUGUGACUGGCCUGUUUUUCAUCCCUGUUAUGGGCCUCACUGGGUUCCACAUGGUUCUGGUAGCCAGAGGACGAACCACAAACGAACAGGUGACAGGAAAGUUCAGAGGGGGGGUGAAUCCAUUCACUCGGGGUUGCUGUGGUAAUGUGAAGCACGUCUUAUGCAGUCCACUUGCUGCUAGGUACAUCACUGAUCCCAGGAAGAAACUUCCCAUCACUCUGAAUCCACCGUUCCUCCGUCCUGACCUCUCUCACCGACACGUCAGUGAUAAUGGCAUCCAUAGUAGCAUCCUCCGAAGCAAAUCUAAGACCAGCCUGGAUGGUGUGGAUGAUAAAAGUGUAGAUACACAACCUCCUCUACCGCCCAAAGCAGAUCGCUACAACCAGCUGAAGAGUCAGCUCACCUCCAGCGAAGAGAGUUCCCUGUCCGGCAAACCAACCAGUCCAUCUACCCCAGCCAUGUACAAAUACAGACCUUCCUUCGGCACCAUGCCUAAAGUGCACUAUCACGCCACCGGAGAGAAGAUCGUGAUGUCUGAGAACGGUAAGCCCUCUGCCGUUUUGGAGGAGCGAGGUCACGAUUACCGCUCCGAGCCGAAUCUGGAUAUGCCAGACUACCGCAGCGCUCCUCUUCACCGAACAUACCAGUCCUCGCCCUUCCAGCUGGACUCCUUCAGCACGACGUCUCGUUCAUUCAGUCUGAAGCAGGGCGUGAACGGGGCCGACCCGAUGCCACUGGGUGUCAGCAAACCAGAAACGGUCACAUCCACCCCUCACAAAGGAGUCUUCUCGCCUGGGACGUUAUCGGGCCGCAACGGCAGCCUAUCCUACGACAGCUUGCUGACCAACAGCAUAACGCCAUCUGUGGGCGAGUGCGCCGCUCACCCAGGAGUGCCCUCUAUGGGUUUCCAUUCACCGUACCUGCCCACUAAAAUGUGCCAUGUACGAGGGCCCGAGCUUCAGCGGCACAUCGGCCCCCCGUCCUACAGUCCCGUGCACGUCGGAGUGAUGUACGGGCGGCAGUCGCCGCUCUCAAGAGACCGAGAUCCCUCGCCCGUCCGCUAUGACAACCUCUCCAAAACCAUCAUGGCUUCCAUCCAGGAGAGGAAGGAGCUGGAGGAGAGGGAGAAACUCAUGCAUCGGCACGCUCAAGCGUACGCCAAUGAUUCGGGUGUAUUUGACACCUGCAGCGGAGCCGCCUACGGACUCCCACGAGGCACCGGAUCUCGAGAGCCCACUCCUCCAGUGUGCGGCUCUCGGGAUAACUUGAUGGGAGUCGGGGUGGGAUACGCUCCCCGAACACCCGUUCUGCGUUCCUCUGCAUCCUCGCUCUCCAGAGCGCCGAGGACUUCCACGACGUCCCUCCACACCGAUGCAGGCGGUGUGAGCCGGACAGCCGAACGCCAGUAUCGCUCUCCGGUGCGCCAAACACACCACUCCCCAACAGCUGUGCCCCGUUCCCCGACAUACACGCAUCAGAAGGUCACCUUCAUUAGCGCCCUGGAGAGGGCGGACUCGCCACAUCUUGGUACAAGAGAGGACCUCUGUCAAGGUAAAGUCAACGGGCAACUAAAGGGCCAAGCACGUGACUGCCAUCUAGGGACUCCUUCUGGAACCCCCAGCAGACACGCCAAUGUCAAAAAGGUCACAGGAGUGGGCGGGACUACAUAUGAGAUCUCCGUUUGACGGACAGCUUGAAGAGCCACUGCCUGUGAGGAAAAGCACUGCCAUGGCAGCACCACCAUUUUUUUUUUUUUUUUUAUAAUAUUGAAACGACCGAUCAGGAGGCACACAGUACUAAUGGGAAAGGUUUUUGCAUUGGCCAUUUCUUUGCUAAAGAGAUGACAAGCAAUUUUUCAUGUGUGCCAGUGUAUAAUAUAACAGGAGUGCUUCGACAAAGAAGUGUCAGCCAUCAGGAUAUAAAUCACACACAACAGAAAAUAAUGGUUUAAUUACUUUAUAUAUAUAAAUACCGUUAAGGGCUGAAUAUGUACAGUGUCAGUUCUGUUGUCUGUAUAUAAACUAUCAAAGUUCGCAUAUUGAAUGCAAAUGUGCUCAGUGUGCAGGUCUUUCACACAUGAAUGUGAGUGUAUAUGUGCUUGCCAGUAACUCCUUUAUGUUUUUGUCACUAUGCUGAUCUAAUAAUCAGGGUUUCAUCUCAAAUGCAUUUCUCUGUUAAGCUAUCAGGUUCCACACAAACCAUAACAGCACUUGUGUAAAAAAACAAAAAACAAAGCAGAUUUAUUUUUUAAAUAUGGUGGUCAUUUACACUUUUUCUAAUGUAGAACUAUAAGCUGCCAUAGAAAUGUGUGUAUCUGCAAGAAAAAAGAAAGAAAGAAAAGAAAAUGGGGGACAAAAAUACUGAUACUGGCUGUUAUCAUCAGUUUGUUAAAAUGUUCUUUCAAACUUAGUUUUCUUUAUAAAAAAUAAAGUAUUUUAUAGUGGGGGAAAAAAUAUGAAUAUGGAAACAGAAACACCAUUUAUUAGCAGUACUAGAAACAUGUUAAAGCCAUAUUUUUACUUACAGUCAUGAUCACAAAUUCAGAGUUGUUUGACUGCUUUAUAUUUCCAUUUAUUUGUAAUAGAUUAGAAAAGCAUAACAAGGUUAAUUCAUGGCUGCAUCCCAAAUAUUGUCAUUUCUUUUUUUAUUUUGUAAUGUCUUUUUUUAACCCAACUUGGUGUAUUUAACUUUUUCUACAGAUAUUCAAAUGGGAUUUUCAAAUAUUUUUCAGUUUCAUUUUUGCAUAUUUUAUAAUUUAUUUGUACAAAUUAAUUAGUAUGCAUUGCCAUUUGAAAGUAGUACUUUCUGUUAAGACUUUUUUUUUUUUCUCAGUGAAUGAAUGUUGAAAGAUGAAGAUGUUAUUAUAGAACGUUUUGUGAAACUGCAAGAAAGUUGAAGUGAAAGAUGCUUUGUUUUUUGAAUGCAGGAUCCAUUUGAGAGACAUAACACUUUUUUAUUUUCUACUUCCGUUAAAGUUUAGGGACAGUAAGACUUAUUUUAAGAAAUUAUCAAAAUUUUAAUUACAAAAAUACUAUAUCAUUUCUAUUUCUUUUUAAACUCUUUUUGUUCAAAGCUUCUUUAAACUGUAAUAAUAUUUGUCAAUAAACCUGUUUUACUGUAGUUUAGAACAAAUACAAACAAAGCCUUGGUGAGCAUAAGAGACUUCUUUGAAAAACCUGAAAAUCUUACAAGCCACAAGCUUUUGAACAGUAGUGUAUCAAAGUCAGUAACUUCUUUUCAUUCAGUUUGAUUGAGGAAGUUUAAAAAGCCUCACUUUCCCUUCUCACUUUCAAAAGUAGCUUUUUGAUUAUACAGCAAGUACAAAUAAAUAUUGCUUGGUAAAUAUUACUUUUUUUUUUUUAUUUGGAAAUUUUCACUGCUAGUGCAAGACAUGCCGAUUAAAAUAAAAUAAAAUGGCAUGCUUUUAUGAGGUUAACAGCUGAAAAGUAAUCUGUAAUUAUUAUUUUCUCAAGAAAAGGUGAAAGUGGCUUAAACCUACCCGUUAACAGAAAAACUUCCCACCGUGGCCUGUUUCCGAAUUAAAGAUCUAACAAUUUAUACUGACAUAUUUGACGGUGAUCUUCUAGGUGUCUUGCACCACAUGUGGAGUUCUCUGCUGCUCAUCAGAUGACUUUCCAAGGAAUUCAUAUUGAUUUCCUCACAGAUCUGCCUUAGGGGUAUAACGGACUACAUGCACUUGAGUACAAAUGUUAUUUUGGUGCAUGUGAAAAGGGUCAUUACCAUACUUUUCCCAAGACAAACAGCUUCUUGAAAUUGUAAAUAAUUAAUGUGGUCAUGGAAAGGCCUUUACGGAUUGCUAGGCUCCAUUUCUGAAUGUUUGACGGUGUUUGGUCAUCUCUGUCCUUCACUGAUGCUGUCUGGCACAGCGUCGCCUUCUGUUCAGAUGAAAUCAGUGUACAGCUAAAACAAAAAAGAACAACUAUGGGACUCUUUUUCUGUGAUGAAGUAUUUCAUUCAGAUGAAAUAAAGACAUUAUAGUUUCAUAUCAAGGUACAUCUAUUAUUUUUGUCCAUCAAAGGGGAAAACUGAAUAAAUAUAACUUGAACGUU